GGCAGGUAGGGCUGCGGCCCGGGCAGCCUGGCGGCCGGGGUUCUGGGGCUGCCGGCGCUCGCCGGGCGCGCGAGGCCGACUGUGGACCUGCCACCGGCGAGGGGCUCGGGUGAGAGGGGAGCGGAUGCCGGAGACCCGAGCCGGGCCCUAGGCGGCAUUGCCACAGUCAGCCUGAUUCUCGCCGAGCCGGCUCAGCCUCUCCCAGGAAGGAGCUCCAUCCCUGGGUCCUAUCCCCCUGGGAGCCUUCUCCAUGGUGGCCUUCGCCUCGCCUACGCAGCCAUGUGGCCGCCGAGCCGCCGGCAGCUCUGUCUGGCCUUCUUGCUGGUCUGCGCCCUGUCUGCCUUCUCUUUCCUCCUGAGUCUCCACCAAGACCUCUUCCGAAACGGCCUAGCCCUGUCUCUCCUGUGCCGGGAACGCCAGCUGGUGCCAGCCCCCGUGGCCAUCGUGCACCUGCCCGCCUCCAACGCCUCCUCCUGCGCCGGGCGCCCUGCCUCCCCCUCGGGAACCUGGACCAUCCACCCGGAUGGCCGCUUUGGGAACCAGAUGGGGCAGUACGCCACUCUGCUCGCCCUGGCCCAGCUCAACGGCCGCCCGGCCUUCAUCCUGCCCGCCAUGCACGCCGCGCUGGCCCCCGUGUUCCGCAUCACGCUGCCCGUGCUGGCGCCCGAGGUGGACAGCCGCACGCCCUGGAGAGAGCUGCUUCUGCACGACUGGAUGUCGGAGGAGUAUUCCCGCCUGGAGGACCCCUUCCUGAAGCUCUACGGCUUCCCCUGCUCCUGGACCUUCUUCCACCACGUCCGCGAGCAGAUCCGCAGGGAGUUCACGCUGCACGACCACCUCCGGGAAGAGGCCCAGAGAUUGCUGGGCAAGCUGCAGCUGCGCCGCACGGGAGCGCGCCCGCGCACCUUCGUGGGCGUGCACGUCCGCCGCGGGGACUACCUGCAGGUGAUGCCCCAGCGCUGGAAGGGCGUGGUGGGCGACCGCACCUACCUGCGGCAGGCCAUGGACUGGUUCCGGGCCCGGCACGAAGCCCCUAUCUUCGUGGUGACCAGCAACGGCAUGGCCUGGUGCCGGGAGAACAUCGACGCCUCCCAGGGAGACGUGGUGUUCGCGGGCAAUGGCCUGGAGAGCUCGCCGGCCAAGGACUUCGCGCUGCUCACGCAGUGUAACCACACCAUCAUGACCAUCGGCACCUUCGGCUUCUGGGCCGCCUACCUGGCCGGCGGGGACACCGUCUACCUGGCCAACUUCACCCUGCCCGACUCCGAGUUCCUGAACAUCUUCAAGCCCGAAGCCGCCUUCCUGCCUGAGUGGGUGGGGAUUAAUGCUGACCUGUCCCCAGUCCGGACACUGUCUGGGUCUUGGAGGCUCUGGAAAUUUCUGGGAUAGCUCGAUCUGUCGCGAGCGGACGGUCCCCGUCCCCAGAGAAGUUUGUGGCGUGGCUCCAGAGCAGGUGGGCACCCACGGCCAGAGUGAUUCUACCUGGGCAGACUUGGGGAGGAGGGGCUUUCUUGCACUGCCCGAACAUUCUAGAACCAACAGAAACUUUUUUUUUUCCCCCUCCCCUGCUAGCUGGCGGUGUAUGAAGAAGCCCAGGGCCGUUCCAGAAGCCACAGUGGCCACCUGUUCUUCCUCGGACGUUUCCAGAGGGCUCUGAGGUGGCUGCCCCGGGAAGAGGGGACUCUCCCUCUACUGUUGAUCUGCCUGGUCUUUUCUGGAAGAGGUGUUGCAACCUCCGGGACCUCAGAAGACAGAAGGGACUCGGGAGCUUUUCCACAGUCAGCAUGUACCAAAAACCGAAAAGUUUGGGGUGGCAGGCUCUGGCCUAUGAGGAACCCUGCAGGACCAUCCAGAGGGGAUGGGGGGGGGGGGUCCCAGAUAAGGCUGGAGAAUCUGAUGCCAGUACAACAGGGAGGUCAACCCCUCAGCUUAGGAGACGGAAACAGACUCCCCGAGGCUGAGCAGCCUGUCUCUGGCGAAGCCGGAGCAGCAGUGAGCAGGGGGAGCUCGACCCGCCUUGCAGCCCUUGCCACAGCCUCUUCUGUGCUGUGGACAGACUGAAAGAGACAGAAGUGUUUGUUUGUUUGUUUGUUUGUUUUUUUUUAAGCUGAAAACUUACCAAAGACGAGCACAGCACGUGUUGGCUGUCACCAUGAAGGAGGCCCCUCCUCUGCAGGUUGGGCUGCUGCAGAAUCUGCCCAUCAGCGGGCAUCCAAACCCCUGCUGGGCAUGGGGGAAGCCAGUCAGUACUGCGCCUGCCAAGCCUCGCGUGCCCCUGAGCUCACAGAACCAACCACUGGAUCUGGCUUUGGCUGGGUCUGGAAAGAGAGGAUCCAAAGAUGUGUGUGGUUCCUGGAACCCAACCUUUAACCCAGGGGGCAGCACAGGGUCUGGCCGAGGGCGUCAAAGUUCUUGGCUCAGAUUUCAGGAGUCCCUUGUGGCUUUCUGGAGGGCGAGGGGAUACACCUGUACCACAGUCCUUUCUGAUCACCUCCUCCACCCGCUGGUCCAAAACCCCAAGCCUCUACUCAUUCUUCUCAGGGACUUUUAGGAGGCCGUUCCCAUCUCAGCCGCCAUGGGCAUGGAGUCAAAGUCCACAUCUCCAAGCCCUGCCGCUACAGCUUUGUGGAGCUGUGUGUGUGUGUGUGUGUAUCCGGUUCCAGACCCAGCUGCUCCACUUCUGAUCCAGCUCCCUGAUAACACACCUGGGAAGGCAUCAGAAGAUGGCCCAACUGCUUGGGAACCCUGAAACCCACGCGGGAGUCCUGGGUGGAGUUCCAGGCUCCUGGUUUUGCACUAUUUGGGGACUGAACCAUGGAUGAAAGAUCUCUCUGUCUCUCUGUGUCUCCCUUUUGUAACU